GUAAACAGACCUGUUUUGAUGUCAAAAAAUCAGCGGCUCUGCUAACUCGACUUUUCAUCAAGGAUUUGGUGUCACUGUGAGCAAACAUCAACUGUGAAACAAUACCUUUUGACGAGCACGAACCCUUUUUCGUGCAGUGGUGUUGUUUCAUCUUUCAAGAGUCUAGCUGCGUGUUUUGAUAGUGCGUUACAUCAGCUAGCAGGCUAACAGCUGAUAGCCUGCUAGCUGAUGUUCUCCGUUUAAACUAACUUCACAUUAGCUGAAGCUUAGCCUCGGUUUGGCAGCUAGCAGGAGGUCGACGGUAGGUCGUAUGUGUGUAGCUAUUUAGUUUCGUGUCUGUCUAACAGCUUCGCAGAUUAAAUUAUGGUGUUUAGAGUGUGUGUAACUUGUUAUAAAUCUGUAAUUUACACUGACUGUACGGUGGCAUUUCAGAUGAGCGUAACCACCCUUUAGCUGCUAACUGCUCAACCUCUUCUUCCUCUCGUGUAUUUUUUUUCUACCUGCCGUCGUGACUUAAACUUCGUCAAUUUAAUAUCAGUUCACACGUAUCUGAGGAAAACUUAGAAUGACGUUAGUGCUGGGCAGAUAAACGUGAUCAAGCCUGAGCACUAGUGUCCUGCCAUGGCUGAGGAUGGAGCGCAGAGUCCGGUGGGAGGACGCGCCGGAUCGUCAGGCCGACCGAGCCGACAGACCUACAAGAGUUCAGCCCAUUUCCGCAGCCUGCUGGACGGCCUGCUGUCUCUCAGACAGAGUGGCAUCCUGUUUGAUGUGGUGCUGGUGGUGGAAGGUCGACCCAUCCAAGCCCACCGUAUACUUCUGGCAGCCUCCUGUGAUUAUUUCAGGUGCAUGUUUGCUGGAGGCCUUCGGGAGACACAGCAAGAAGAAAUUCCCAUUCAUGGAGUUACCUACAUGGCUAUGAAAAAAAUUCUUGACUACAUCUACACGUCAGAGAUUGAGUUAGACCUGGAGUGUGUUCAGGAAGUCCUGAUAGCUGCCACACUGGUACAGCUUGAGAACGUCAUUAGCUUCUGCUGUGACUUUCUUUUCUGCUGGCUGGAUGAGAGCAACAUCUUAGAGGUGGCCCAUCUAGCUGACGUGUAUGGACUGCAGGAGCUUAACGCCAGACUCCACUCCUACAUCCUCAGGAACAUUCAGACUCUGUCUCGAACAGAUGCAUACCGGCGGCUCCCCCAGGAUGAGAUCUUCAAGGCACUGAGCAGUGAUGAGCUUCACGUGAGCAGUGAGAAUGAAGUGUACGAGGCGGCGCUUCACUAUCACUACAGCCCUGAACAGGUGGAAACUGACCAGGUCUACUUGCAGGUCAGUCCGAAGGACAAUCUCAAGAUGCUUGAUGCCGUGCGUUUUUGCCUGAUUGAGAAACAAGUUUUGCAGAGACUGCACGGCAGACUGAGCCAGUGUCCGCUGAAGGAUUCGGUUUCAGCUGCUCUGCGUUACCACGAGCAGGAGGUCUGGCAGCCCGUCCUGCAGAGUCCUCUCACCCAACCGCGCUCCACCUUCCACUGUAUCCUGGGCUUUGGGGGGAUGUUCUCCUCCAGCUCCAACACAGACAGCGAGCACCUGUUUCAGGUGUUUCACCCGAGCUGGGGGGAGUGGAGGACUCUCACUGCCACUUACGCUGCCCGAAUGUCCAACCAGGGCAUCGCUGUGCUCAACAACUUUGUUUAUCUCAUUGGAGGGGACAAGAACACCAGUGGAUUCCGUGCAGAGACCCGAUGCUGGAGAUACGACCCUCGUCACAACAGCUGGUGCUCCAUCCAGCCUCUGCAGCAGCAGCACGCCGACCACUGUGUGUGUGUGGCGGGCGGCCAUAUUUACGCCAUCGGAGGACGAGACUACAGCGAUGAGCUGGACACAGUGGAGCGCUACGACCCACACAGCAACUCGUGGGAAUUCGUGUCACCUCUAAAGAGAGAGGUGUACGCCCAUGCGGGAGCAGUGGUGGAUGGGAAAAUUUACAUAACGUGCGGGCGCCGAGGGUUGGCGUACCUCAGAGAGACCUACUGUUUUGACCCUGCAGCCAAUCAGUGGACGGGGUGUGCGGAGGGCCCAGUGGAGAGGGCAUGGCAUGGCAUGGCCGCCGUUAAUGGACACGUAUAUGUUAUUGGGGGAAGCAAUGAUGAGCGUGGAUAUCGGCGUGAUGUCCUGAAGGUGGCGUGCUUCAACCCUGCAGCCAACUCAUGGUCUCUAAUCACACCCCUCCCCGCUGGACACGGAGAACCCGGCAUAGCGGUGCUGGACAGUCGCAUCUACGUCCUGGGAGGACGCUCUCACGACAAAGGCAACAGGAUGAAAUACGUCCACGUGUACCACACCGACACGGACGAGUGGGAGAAUGAGAUGGAGUUUAAGGAGCGUGUCUCCGGCCUUGCAGCCUGCGUGGUGCUGAUGCCUCCCUCUGUGAUCGCUCAGGCCAGGAACUGGGAGCAGCGGACCAAAGCUGCGUGGGAAGAGGUGGACAUAGACAACUCGGAGGACUCUAGCGACGACUGAAGCAGCGGUGUUGAGCUGCGCUGGAGACUGUCGUCCAUUUUUCCUCUUCAGCAUGUGGAGUUUUAAGUACAGUGCGGAUAUCUUUUGCUUAGAGCAGCACCGUGUCCUUUUUGCAUGUUGACCACUUUGAGUGCCUCUGAACCAAAGUGUCAUUCAGAACCUUUGCACAUUUUUUGUAACCUCUCAGAUGUGAUCUUGGGAACUCUCACUCGGUCUGGGAUCCCCUGCCUGCCCUGCAACCUCCCAGCCCACCUCGCCAAAUGCUAAUGCUACUGCGUGUUGCUGACCCUUCCUUAUGUUCUGACGCUGUAGCUGUUUAUCGUAGAGAGAACCUUUCUGUCUUCAAGAGAAGUGAAGCACUGAAGACUACUGCCUAUGCAAUAAUAAGGUGGUCUGGAGCCUUGAUUUAUACUUUUAGGACUUUCUGACACUGGAUCUUCUGAUACUGAGUUCAGACUUUCACAGGCAGCUCUUACCAUCAGUCAGUACACUGUCAGUUUCUAAAGAAAAAAAAAGACUUCAUAAGAAUCUAUAUAAUAAUGAAGCACAUCUCCAACUCAGCUACUGAUUAUCGCCAGGUGAAGUUAUCAUCACACCCCAACAACUGAAUAAUCAUGAAAUCAAAAUGUUAAACUGAAGCAUUGUGCCUUGUUUUGUGGAUCAGUAUUUUUAUGUUAUCAGUGUGUGUUUAGAUGGAGAUGAGCCGUGGGUGUUGUGCCUCGGAUGUCAUAAAUGGCUUUAAAAGACAAGACGCUGUCGAUUUGGUGAUUUUAUACCUGAAUGCUGAGGCUCUGGUGCUACAGGUUGUAGACUUCUAUUCACACUGUGUUGCCAUGUCUGUAAAUCAAGUAUGACCAUCAAGUCUUGGUAUCUGUGUGAAGAAAACCAAACUGUUGUUGUUGUUUUAUUGUGUGUGUCCUUUCAUUGAUCUUACAUAGUGUGUAACUUACUCCAGAUGGAGAUUACUGUCUCAUUAUUUCUACUUUGCUCUGCGCUUCGUUUUAUUUCCCUCAGCUCAUUGUUGACGCUGUUUAAUAUAAAAAAUAGGUUAAAUGACAUUUUCACCACUAUGCAUCCGAGUCUAAUUUAAAGUAUACUUCUCUUGUUCAUAUGAUGACAGAUAUGUCUUGAAGGAAAGCAAUGUAAUGGAAACAUUAUGCAAAAUUAAAUUAGUAUCUGACUCAUGAGAAAAGUUUUGAAAUUAAAAAAACAUAGUAAUAAAUAAUUGUUGUCCUGUGUGCAUGUAAGUAGGAGUUUAUCAGUCCAGGGGGAGCAGGAUUUUACAGUGAGAACACAUUCUGAGUAUUUAUUAUUUAAAACUUAACUGCCUUACGGCUAACAAACUGAAGGACUUGGUAUUUCUCCAUCAGUCCUGGCAACAUGAAGUUGGAGGCUCCAUUUACACUUCAGGUUGGAUCAUGACAUGGCAAUAAUGUCCUAAAUGUUUCUCAGGAAAGAUCUAUGUAAUGUAGAACCAACUACACAGAGAAUUGAGAGAAUAUACCAAGAAAUUACUGUUAACUUUAAGGGUCAUUCCAGAAUUGGAAGACAUUGGGGCUUCAGCAUUUUUGAAAAAUAAACCUUCUCUUUUACGUUUUUCUGCUACAUAUUCAUCAAUAAUAGGUAAUAAACUAUCAAAGGAUUGAUUGGCUCAGCUUACACAUCAAUGGUACCAUUUUUAUAAUAUGUUUUAUUUGUUGUUUGCUAAUCCUACUCUAAUCACAAUAACAGGGUUGCUAAUCCAUGCUAAUGUUAGCUUUUCUCAGGAGUAGAAGCUAAAUAUUUAUCUUGCUGUUACUGCUGACCAAGAGGACAAACUGACUGAUGAAAAACAGUAAAAAGAACUAGUCUUAUCCAGAUAAUAUGAGGUACAGUGAGACAUUCAAUCAAGGCUGGCAAUGUUAUGAAAAUAUAAAAAAUAGUAGAGAGGACAUAGCUUUGCUCCCCCCAUUGUCUUGGAAAACCGUUUGAUGAUGUUAUUUCUGGUGAUUUAAUUUGGUCAUCAGGGGGUGGGACAAGAGAAAAAUGUCAUUUUAAGGGGAAUUCCAGACUUAAUAAAACUAAUUUUAAACAUUC